AUGCAGGACGCUUACUUGAUGCCUGCCAGUACGGCCCUUGCUCGUCGGACCAGCGCGGACUAUCGUCCCAGCAUCAAAAAAUCACAAGGACAUGUCCCCGCCUGCUUGGUCAAUGCCUCGGUGACGUACUGCAGCAAUGAUCGCAUUUAUGCAUUCGGAGGAUUCGACCAGUAUACCGAUGAAGUCUACAACCACGUGCUCAAGUUAGACCUGGAGACUCUGCGGUGGGAACUUGUUGAUAACUACGGCGAUAUUCCCGGAGUGCGCAUGGGACAUACUGCGACAUUGUACCAAGGCGAUAAAUUGAUCGUCUUUGGAGGCGAAAAUGAACAUACCGACUACCUAUCCGACGUCAUUAUCCUUGACCUGAACACCUUCACCUGGACACUCCCCGAGAUUCGCGGAUCAAUUCCGCGCGGCAGAGCGCGCCAUGCCGCAGUGAUUCACGAAGACAAGCUUUUCAUCGUGGGCGGAGUGACGGGGGAGAAGAAUGUGAUCUUAGACGACUUGACAUAUCUGGACCUACAAACCUGGACCUGGUCCCGAACCUGGAGUUUCACCGCACGCUUCGAUCAUACCGCAUGGGUCUGGGGCAACCGCCUUUGGAUCUUCGGUGGAUUAGGCCCAAACAUGGAACGGACAACUGAUAUUUGGUGGCUCGACCUCAAAGGAUCCCCAUCACUGGCCGGAAACAUCACCCCCAAGGUAGCGUCGACUCCCUGGACGUCAAUCUAUCCACCACUCAUCUCCCAGACUCCGUAUCUAGUAGCCCUCAUCAAAUGUCUCCCCGGUCGACGCAAGCCCGUUGCGCCUGGUGCCAUCUCACGUCUCCGUUUCAGCUCUGGUCCCCAUGUCCCCUCUCUAUUUUCUGGUACUCAUUUCCAUUCCUUUGCAUCUGGUGUUCUUCUCGAUCUGAUCACGCCCUCGGAGACCGUACGGUCGCAUGAUUGUAAUCUGUCGGCCCUGGAACUCAACUCGCUGCGUUGGCAGCGGCUCGCCGAUGGGCAAGAGAUCUUUCGUCCCGGUUACAGGUGGCACUACUGCACAGUCAAUGAUGCGGGGACCAAAGCGUGGCUCUUGGGAUGUAGUCUCGACACCACCAAUGUACCCGGUGGCAGUGAUGGCAAUCACAUGAGUGAAGUUCUCACCAUCGAUCUAGAAAGGUACGGUCUGUUGGGCAACGGGUUAUCGGCUGAGUGUCCCGAGCAGGACUCCCCUUGGCCAUAUGGCCAAACAGGACCUUCUCAGUUAUCUGGGCUUGGGGCAGAUCUAGCCGCUGACUUCGAUCAAUCUCCCGAGUCAGGCAGCGGUACUGAUUUUGUUAUCACUGCUAUCUGCGAUGAUCACGAAGGCUCAGUCUCGGAAGAGAUGAGCGACAUGCCGAACCCUUCCACAUAUCAGACACAGCCAACCUUUGUGGAACCAAACUCCUCAACGUCAGAACCCAUCCAUGUCCACCGAAUCAUUCUGCAGAUGCGGUGGCCACAUUUCAAGCGCUUGUACUCGGCGCAGAUGGCCGAGUAUCAUACCAAACGCAUGCAUAUACCCGAGCCUUAUUCCGUCGUGCGCGCCUUUCUGUACUACCUGUACACGGACAGUAUUGCCGGUCAUCCGGAGUACUGUUCGAGUGUUGUUGAUGUUGCUGGCAUGCUUGUCAUGGCAAAUCUUUACGACAUGCCCAAGCUUCGGCUGUUGUGCGUCAAUCGACUAAGUCGAGAGCUCGACGUAGACAAUGCAGCGAUCGUAUGGGAGCGCGCAGGGCGAACCAAUGAACAUUGGCUCAUGCGCCGAGCCGCUCAAUUCUGUCUGACAUACUGGGGUCGCGUGGUACGGACAGAGGGUUUCAAGUCCCUGAGCCACCAAAGUCUGAUUCAGCUCUGUGAGGUGGUGGACACGGAAGGUCGCAUCAUCGCAGGACCAGAGCUAGAGAUGGUCACGUUAGGGGCUGAUGGUUUAGGGGACCGAGACAAAAGCUCUCGACUACGCCUAGGCUCUACCGCGGACGAGCUGUCAGAGUCAGAAGGCGACGACGAAGGCAUGGAAAUUUCAUGA